AUGAAUAAUGAACUGUUAGUAUUCAACAAGGUUUCUUAUUUGAUAGAAGUUACUGUAUCGAAUAUAGUUGAAGCUAUAGAAGAUACUGAAGAUGCAACUGAAGCUAUAGAAGAUACUAAAGAUGCAACUAAAGCUAUAGAAGAUAAUAAAGGUGAUAGCAAAAAGAGUUUAUACCCUAUUACAUUGAAUAUG